AUCUCUUCCAUCUCAUGCUCCCCGUAAUCCCGUAGCCAAUGAAGAACCAUUUGGUGGUAAAGGGAGACGGCGCCGUUUCCCAGCCAACCGAAGAUUGGCUCCGGUGGGAAACAAUACCGGCCCCGAUCCCACCUAUCGCUCCCCCCGCCCCCGCCUGAGCGAGCGCGAGCGAUCGUCGACGGCCGCGCAUCUCCGUCGUCUUCCUCCUCCUCCUCCUCCUCCUUCGUUCCCUCCUCCGCCUCCGCUCCAAUCGUGUUGCAACACUCGCUAUCGCUCCAUCGAUAGCUCUUCCCCCUUCCCCGAGCCCGAACCCAAUCCGCUCCCCGGGUCAACACGCGCGCCCCCGCCGGCAUUCGCCCCCUUCGGAUCGCAAUCCCCCUCUCCGGCAGGGCCCCGACCGAUGGAGAACAUGCAGUACGCAGAGGAGCUGGUACGGGAGUUCCUCGUCUUCCGGGGCUUCACCAACGCCCUCCAGUCCUUCGAGAACGAGCUCGCCACCGACGUCGGCAGGGGGUUCCAGGUCGACAAGCUACGCGACCUGAUCUUCGCCGCCUACGUCCCCAAGUUCCAGGCGGAGAAGCUGGUGGGCCUCUUCGGCUUCUUCCGGCAGUGCCUGUCGUCGUCCUCGGCGGAGGCGGUGCUCCUGGCUUCCCUGUCUAAGCUGGAGGUCUCCGUCAUGCGGUACUACAUCGUUCACGCCGUGCGGUCCGGGAGGAGGGACAAGGUUUUGGAGUUCUUCGGGACGAGCGGGAAUGAUCUGAUCCGCAGGGACCAGGAUUGGACUCCGUGGUUCGCUAUACCGUACGUGAAGAAUCCGAGCUUGGAUCCUCAGUUUCGGCUCUACUUUUCAAAGGAGUGGUACGAGGCAUUGCGUGUUGCUGUGAGGAAUUUCUUUGAUGAGAUCUUCAAUGGCACACGCAUUCCGGCCUUAUUGACCAUCAGUUUGGAGAAGAAUACCAUCAGCCGUCUCAAAAAAGAAAUUAAGCAGCUAAACAGUAAGUUAGCACAACUUCAAGCUCUAUUGGAGGAAAAAGAAGCGCAAUUAUGCCGAUCAAGGAGUCAUGCUGCAUCAGCAAUGGAUGCUAGCAUAGCUCGUAGUAGUUCUUCAACUCUGCCAAGUGGUGUGCUUGAUGAAAAUAUCGUAUCAUCACGAGAUAAUCAAGACACCUAUAAUCAUGCUACUCCCAAUCCGGGUAAUAGAGUGCUGUCCCAGGACUUGGUUGCUGCUGCAAAAGCCAAAGUCGACUUAGAAUCUCUAGCAGCACCAUCUGGUCAUGUUACAACCUCUCUAAGUUUAUGUAGUGAUAAUGGAGCUGGUGGUUCCAGUCUAAUGCUCCAAGAUGGUACCAUUGAAACUGGAAGAGAAGUAGAGGGAGAAGAAGAAUUCGCUGAGGUGAAAGUAGACUUUCAGGAAACAUUUUUGGGCCAUACAAGUCCAAUCACUCGAUGCCGCUUUUCUGCCUCUGGGAACAAUAUUGCCAGUGCAUCCAUGGAUGGCACAGUCAGAAUAUGGACCUAUGACUCAUCAACUUCAGCAUCAAGAAAUGCAACUAUUUACUGUGGGGCAGAGAUAAUGUCGCUUGACUGGGAGUGUAAAUCUGAUCGCUUGCUUCUCAUAGGAACUGCUGAUGGAGGAAUUAAGGCAUGGAAUGUUGACGCAAAAAGAGUAGUCUGUGAUCUCAAUACCACAGAGGCUUUUCCAAGUGUCUUGGAUUUGAAAUGUAGCCCGGUAGAACCAAUUUUUGUUUCUGCUGCGGCAUCCAGGCAUGUUUCUGGUCAUAUUGAUGACUCGGCUUUUGCUUCACUAACUGUAUGGAACAUGAAGACAUGGAAAGCAAUGACAGUCCUUCCUCUUGGUGAAGAUCCCCCUGCAAUUACUUCUUUGUGCUUUAACCACAAUGGGAAGAUUCUUGCUGCCUCUGCCACGGAUGGAAUGAUUCACAUGUUUGACAUGUCUGCCGGUCUACAAAUUACUGGGUGGCCUGCACAUGAUUGUGGUAUAAGCUCCAUUCUUUUUGGAGCUGAUGAGACAAGCAUAUUUAGUUUGGGUACAGAUGGAAAGGUCCUUGAGUGGAGCUUGCAGAAACAGGGUCAUGUUCUGUGGUCAAUCAAUUCAAAGAGCUCCAGUCACUUAAGACAUGAAAUGGCUCUAGAUGCAAAUGGAAGGAGAUUGUUAGUAACUUCUGGUUCAGUAAGAGCGCCCAUAUACCAGACACGUAGUCGGGCAAGUGGUUUGAGAACUCUCCCGCACAGUGCUUCUGUGACAACGGUGGAUUGGCACCCAACCUUGCCCAUUUUCUUGACUGGAUCGGCUGAUAAUUCCGUGCGGGUGACAUCCAUAUUAUGAAGGCAGCCAGUUCUAUUGGAACUGGCCUGGAUCGCUUGUUCUAUUAAUAAAUUAAUCCCAUUCGAGGCAGAUGAUGCCUUUUAGGCUAGUGCACAAAACUGUACCAAGAUCACUUCAACUCGGAAGGAGCUCAGGUGACAAGAUUGUGGUCACAAGGAUGAUUGGCUCAAGUUGCGGCAAUAUCGGGAAUGGAGAUUCUGUAAGGAAAAAGGAAAAUCAGACAAAUCAGGGAAGAGUAAUGGGUUGAGUCUAAAAGUUGCUUCAGUGACUUGUAAUCUAGCAGUCAUCAGCUAACUCUUCAUGUGCUUUCGGUUCUUGCAGCUUGCUCAGGUUUUUCCGAUUUCUGUUGCUGAGUUUUGUUAAAAUCUUAACUUGCUCACUUAGUUUCA